AUGAAUGAAUGGAUGAACACAGACCGGGAGCCCGACCCACUUCCCUCUUCCCUCCCGGGCCCCACCGCCCCAAGCUUGGGCGAACCUCAGGCAGAGGUGGAAGAAACCUUAAAGAGGAUCCAGAGCCAUAAAGGGGUUAUUGGAACUAUGGUUGUUAAUGCAGAAGGUAUUCCCAUCCGAACAACCUUGGACAACUCAACAACUGUUCAAUAUGCAGGCCUUCUUCAUCACCUAACAAUGAAAGCCAAAAGCACAGUUCGUGAUAUUGAUCCUCAGAACGACCUGACUUUUCUUAGGAUCAGAUCAAAGAAACAUGAAAUCAUGGUAGCUCCAGAUAAGGAAUAUCUUCUGAUCGUCAUUCAGAAUCCAUGUGAAUAGACCUGCGAUGGCCAAGGCUGUCUAAGCGACACUGGGUUAGAAACACUUGGCUCUCUCGUGAUUAUUAAAAUUCUAUUUCAAUCUAACUGACCCUUCAAACAUUCUUUUCUAUUUCUACAUCUAAACUGUUCUGCAUGUCUCAUUUAGUCCCUUUUGAUUAUAUUGUGAAGUUGUACUUUAGUGAUACAAUAAAUGAAUUCUGGUA